AUGUCUCAGCCCUCCGGCGUCUACGCAUCGUCUAGCUUCGAUACUAUAGACGGUUUACCAUUAGACGCGCUCCAAUACCUUCUCCCGGACGAUUCCCUGUCCCAGAGCGGUAGCCAGAGCCAAGUACUAUCCGGAAGCCAGCUUGAUUCAGUUCUAGACCUUCCGGACUAUCGAUCUCGCGUGGCACAUCAGGCCCCAAGCACCCUACCGCGAAUCAAGCCCGAUCGUAUCAACGAAUUCAUCGUCUGUACGCCAGAAAUGACGGCGGAAUUCGUUAAGUGGUGGCUCGAUACGGGCUAUGGCAAGUCGAAGCGGAUCAACUGGGAUGGGAGCCUAACAAACCGUCGAGCAGAGUGCUGGAAAGGGUUCCAACAAGUUGCAAAUGCUAAAGAUGGCAAGCCAGGCGUUAUGUGUAAUAAGUGCCGCACAGUUCUCACGCAUCCAGCUACGAAUCAUACUGGAACUUCAUCGAUGCAGAAACAUCUCGAUGGGCCAAGGUGCCGAAAGCAGCUACCGAAGAAAGGUGCUGGUAGUAUCCGACAACUACUUAGUGACGCGGCCGAGAAAAGACCAGCGCCUACCUUUACACAACAGGUAUGGGAGCAGAUGCUUCUUGAUCUAAUCACCACAUCGAAUUUACCCUUUCUAUUUGUCGAGCAUCAAACAUUCCGUGACCUUUUCUCUUUCGCACGGCUAGCAUCCGAACCACCUAGCUUUCCGUCAAGAAAGGUGAUUCGCGAGCGCCUCCGGGGUUUCGUGCUACAGUAUCAGCAGGAGACACUACAAAUACUCCCACCUGGUGCAAAGCUAUCACUUGCACUUGACUGUUGGACUUCACCAUUUCAGGAUGCGUUCAUGGCUAUCACAGGAUACUUCCUGGACAAGGAAUGGGAGUAUCGCGAGGUCCUCGUUGGUUUUGAGCCACUUUCUGGAACUCAUUCUGGCGUGAACCUUGGUAAAGUUGUUCUCCAAAUUCUACAGAAGCAUCAAAUCACUAAUCGUGUACUGGCGGUAACAACUGAUAAUGCGUCUAAUAAUAAGACGCUUAUCACUGCGAUUAAUGAUUCAAUUCAUGAACUACAGCUAAAGACGGAUUCAACGAUUAUUCAAGUGCCCUGUCUUGCUCAUGUUAUUCAAUUAAGUCUGGUUGAAUUACUUGGUAAAAUCAAGGCCUCGCCAAAAAAUGAAAACACUGAAUUGGAAUGGUCCGAGGAUCGUGUUCGAUCACUGCGUGCGCGCCAGCAGAAGCGAGAUAUCACCGAUACCCUGAACAAGGUUCGAGGCCUUGCGGUUUUUAUUAAUGGAAGUCCUCAACGGAAAGAAGCAUUUCUGAAACUCGAGUCCAAUGGGCAAAAACUUAUUCCAAUCCAAGAUGUUCGCACGCGAUGGAAUUCAACGUUUCUUAUGCUCCGCCGGGCUAAAAGGCUUUCUACCACAUUCGACGACUACUGUUCGCUCUAUCACCAACCCCAUUUUGCAUUGAGUGCGGAGGGGUGGCGGCAGAUUGACUAUCUACGUUAUAUACUCCAGCCCUUUUUCACAUACACCACACUAGUCUGCCAGACUAAUGACUCGAGUAUUCACCUUGUCUUUAGUAUUUACAACAGACUCUUUGAUCAUCUCGAAAGAUCGAUGCGUCAGCUUCGUCGAAAGAAGAUUGCCUGGAAACAGCUUACGCUUUCCUCCCUUGAGGCUGCAAAAGAUAAACUGUCAAAGUACUAUAGUAUGACGGAUCUUGUUGAAGGUGAUCUCUAUGCUAUUGGAACGAUCCUAGAUCCGUCUAAUAAAAUGGAGUUCUUUUCAACAAGUGAUUGGGCCCCAGAUGACACAGGAAAAGACUACAAAAAGGAAUACCGUCAGAGUCUCCAGUCUCUUUUCGAGAAAUACCGUCUACGUGCACCAUCAAAUAUAUCACCGUCGGAUGGUGUAUCGGUCCCAGCCAAAUCAGCGCUCGAGAGGAUUCUUAAGGGCGAUUCUUUACAGCGAUCAACCAGUCCGUAUCAGGAUGAGCUUACCAAGUACCUCCAGAGUGCCACCGUUAAUGAAUCCGCUCAGAUCUUCUGGAGAAACCACGAGAGGGAGUUCCCUAUUCUUGCAUGCAUUACUCGUGAUGUGAUGUCCAUCCCAGCGACUGGUGCCGGUGUUGAGCGACUUUUCAACUCUGCCCGGGACAUUUGCCACUAUCGCCGGGGGUCGUUGAGCCCAGAGACUAUCCGCGAUAUCAUGUUAUACAUGUGUACAACAAGAUUUGAUACGAAGGAGGAGCAGCGGCAGGUUCUCCAAGAGUAUCUUUCAGAGCAAGAGAUCGGAGCUUCGUCCGAAGAGCUUCAUAUUGAAACACAUUGUGCCGAAGCUAUCAGUGAUACUGAGGAAGACAUGGAGAUGCACCUUAACACCCCGGCCGUAGCACCACUCUCAGCGGUUGCCGCUGGAAAGCGGCCAGCUAUCAAUUCUGACGAGGAGGAAGACUCUGAGGCCGAUGACGUUAAGGAUCCAGAAGAGACCUCAGCAUUACCAUUACCUGAUAUGCAGCAGCGUGUAUCAGGAAGAAUGCGGAAAAGAUCGAGACUCUUAGAUGGGUAUAUAGUUUAA